UCAUAAUAUUAACAAGAAAGGCAUUGGUGAUUAAUAGUCAGUUCUUGACUGACAAAAGACAACAACAGUAGAGUAGUAGAGAUCCGGGUCGUGUUGUACUCCAUACCUACACCCACAGUCAGCGCCAUAGGCAAGGCUGAAGUUCAAAUUCUUUAAAACUCCUUGUGGAAGAACUCGCCAACUUCAAAAGAGUAGCCCUUGAUUUAUAUGUAAUAGUCUGUUCAGAAGCGGGCCGUGUUGCUGUAUGCUGCCAGGUGACGGUGUAUUCAUAUAUCUUUAAUCGAAGAGGAAAGCCUCAACCCAUGAACAGUUGGCUCAAUGUUGAAGAAGUUGUCAUGAGAACUUCGUAGGUCUGCAUGAGAGAAAAUCAAGUUGACUGCAGCAAUGAAGCUGUACACAAGUGCAUUGGUGACGCUGCUCUUCAGCUCCGCGGAUGCCUUCUUUGGCUGCGUCUUUUACCUCCAUGGGAACAAUUACAAGUUGUUCGGUAAGGAUGUAUUUGAAUAUAACUUCACGCACUCGACGUUUGAAUUAUGGCUCUUUUCCAUGUUGAGGGUAGUGAUCCUCCUGGGUGCCACUGUAGGAGUCCUCAGGAAUCCAAAAGAUGGUGCCAAGGGCAUCAAGGUAGCCAGGUAUCCCGUCGGUUUCAUCAACAUCGUCAUGAUCCUGUAUGCCAUGGCAAAAAUCAUGUUAUAUACGGAGUACAGUGAUGGUAACCAUGACGAUGACCCAUGGUUUUUGACGUUAGGUGUGUGGACAAUGGUUGCAUCUCUUGCCAUGUACGGCCUGUGGGUAUACAUUCUACAAGAGACAAGACCUUCGAAGGAAAGUAAAUUUAAUCCGUUGGAUGAUACUCAAGGUCUAAUCAACGAAGACAAAAAUGUGGAGACGAGUUGCAGUAGUGAAAGUGAGAACAGCAGUGACGAUGAAAGUAGUGACAGCUCUAGUGAUGGUGAUGAUGAUGGAGAUGACGAUGACAAUAAGGCAAAGAAAAAAAAGAAAUCUGUCAAGUGGUAUUCUUCGCUCAUGAGACUAUUGGCUUACUCAAAAGGUGACUGGCCCUUCUUGCUGGUGGGGUUCAUUGCUCUUAUGUGUGCAGCAGGAGGUGAAGUCUUCUUGCCACUUUUAACAGGCCAGGUUCUAAAUGGAGUGGUAGUAGAGGCACACAGGGCCCAGUUCAAAAAUGGUAUCAUAUUGAUGACUCUGAUAUCAUUAGGGGUUGCUGUAGCCAAUGGAGUUCGAGGUGCAUUCAUGACCAUGGCAAUGGCCAGACUCAACCAACGUGUCACCAACAAUCUCUUUGAAUCGAUUCUUAAACAAGAAUUAGGCUUCUUCGAUAAAAACAGGACCGGUGCUAUAACAUCUCGCCUCACGUCUGACACAGUCACUAUGAGUGAGGCACUGAGUAAUAACCUCAACAUCUGUCUUCGUAGUAUCUUCCAAGUGAUUGGUUAUAUCAUCUUUAUGAUGAUUAUUUCCUGGAGACUGACUUUCAUCACACUGAUCUCUUUCCCUCUUAUUGCUGUCAUCACUGAUGUCUUUGGAAGCUAUUAUGAGAAACUAUCCAAGAAAGUUCAGACUUCUCUGGCCAACGCUAACAUUGUGGCUGAAGAAACCAUCUCUAGCCUGAAGACGGUACGUAGCUUUGCCAAUGAAGAAGGGGAGAGGAAGAGCUACUGGAAUAAGCUCCGCAUCACCUACCUACUACGUAAGAAGGAAGCUGUAGCUUAUGGCUUCUUCACAGUCAUCAGCUCGAUGUGUGAAUUGAUGGUGUUUGUAGUAACGCUCUUCUACGGAGGCCAUCUAGUUGUGAAGGACAUGCUUAGUGGAGGAAUGCUGAUUUCUUUUAUUCUCUAUCAAUUUGAGCUUGGAGCAUGCCUUGAGGAUAUUUCUGAUGUGUAUACUGCGCUAAUGAGGGCUGCAGGUGCUUCUACGAAAGUGUUUCAACUGAUUGACAGAAAACCCACCAUUAUGAAUGAAGGCAGGCUUGCACCCAGGCAGUUUGAGGGUCAAUUGGAGUUCAAAAAUGUCACCUUUGCCUAUCCGACCAGACCAUCUAUUCCAGUACUCAAAGAUGUAAGCUUCACAGCAUCCCCAGGUGAAGUGCUAGCCCUAGUUGGGCCCAGCGGUGGAGGUAAGAGCUCGUGUAUCGGUCUUAUAGAACACUUCUAUGAGCCCACAUCAGGAGAAGUGCUGAUAGACGGUAGAAACGUGAAGGACUAUGAUCAUGCUUUCCUACAUCAGAAGAUUGCCCUUGUUGGUCAGGAGCCAGUACUCUAUGCCAGAUCCAUCCAUGAUAACAUCUCCUACAGCUUGCAGGACUGCUCUAAGGAACGUAUCGAGAGUGCUGCCAAGCAAGCCAAUGCACAUAACUUCAUCGUUCAUCUCAAGAAGGGUUAUCAGACUGAGACGGGAGAGAAGGGACUUCAGUUAUCAGGUGGCCAGAAGCAGAGAGUAGCUAUAGCCAGAGCUUUGGUGAGGAACCCUCAGAUGUUGCUCCUAGAUGAAGCUACCAGUGCUCUUGAUGCAGAGAGCGAGCACUUGGUCCAACAAGCGCUUUCAAGGAAUUUUGGCACACAUACUGUUGUCAUCGUAGCCCAUCGUCUCAGCACCAUUGAGAAAGCAGAUCGCAUCGUGGUCAUUGACCAGGGGCAGGUUGUCGAGCAGGGCACGCACCAGGAACUCAUCAGAUCCAAUGGCCUCUAUGCUGGACUUGUGCGACGCCAACUAUUAGGACAUGAUACUGAUGAUGACCAUGAUGAUGAUGAGGAGAAGUUAGAGAAUAAAAAGAAGAAGAGAAAACAUUUGGCAAGAAGGAAAGACACCAAUAUGUCACAAUCCAGCUCACGUACUGAUAGUGAAAGUGAUACAUUAAAGUGAUGUCCAAGCCAUUAGUGGAAAUUUGCUUAAUUAUUUUUCUUGCAAUUAUUUGAUUUACUGAUUCAGUUUUGGUCAGUAUUUUCUAUAGUACAUCCUCUUUUUCACACCAAGAUAUUAGGGGAGAUUGAGGAUUGUAAUUUGAGGAACCUUUUUGGAAAUAUUUAACAUAAAAGUUAAAAUGGGUAUGCAUAUGGUACGUAUUGACAUCAAAUUAUGAAACAGAUUUUGUCCAAAAUGAAAUGAAUAUCAAAUCUAUUGUAUAAAGUAGAACUAUAUUUAUUUUUAACUGGGUUGUAUUUGGUAUCUAAUGAAAUAUGACAUUGUUGUGGACCCAUAUAUCGAAAUUCCCAACUACGACAAUGAAAUAAACAGAAUGGUCUUCUAAAACAAAAAUGAUGAGUUUGCUACCCCCACUUUCGACCCUGAUGGACCCUCCAAAUGAUGAUGUCAGUAUCGGGAGAGUAGCGCUCGUCAUGAUGAUGUGAAUAUAUAGCAUGCAAUGCAACAUUCUCACUCACAAGGUCAAUCUUGUACAACAUCAUCAUAAAUGUCGGCACCUGAACUGCACCUUGACAUUGAGAUUGAAGACGUUGGUUCAGAUUUGUCUUCUGCUUCAAGUAGUGAUAGUGACAACGAUGAUGGGGAGUUAGGAGAAUUUGAAAUAGAGUAUGAACUCAGUGACGGUGAUGAUGGCCACAGAGGCAGAGCUGCACUACCACAAGCGUACCAGCAUGAACCAGAGGGGCGGGUGACCUGGGUGGAAGAGGCUGACGGUGCCGGUGGUGUGAGUGGAGAGGGGAUGGAUUUACCAGACUUGAUCCGAAUAAUAGACAGAAUCGGUGAGUUUUUUGGCAAAUAUGAAUGUCAAUAAAAUACAUGGCAUUGCAUGGACUGUGGACCUUUAUAUGUGUAUUCAUGACUUUAUUUUCCCAUUUAUUCUACAAUUGGACGCAUGCCAUACUCGCUCUGGCCCUGACAUGGAGAGUGACAUGGCGUCCAAUAGCAACAACACGUUAUUGCCGUUGGCCAUGUCCAACGGGCUGCGCAUCUAGCUUCGGUGUGAGCUUAAGCUUGUGUUUGCACUUUGCAAAUGUUUGCAAUGUUUGCAAACCAAUUACAUUUAUACGGAUGCUCUUGUACCAAUGGCCCUUCAAAGAGAGUAUACAUCUAUACAUUUUUUUUCAUUGGCUGUUUAACAUUAUGUGGACCAGUUGCCUUGUGUAUCCAAAUCCGAUGUGUAUGAUAACUUCUCCUUUGAAUUUGACUUGCAUAUAGUGGUUUUGAGAAGGUUUGCAUUGUAUAGAGUAAUUAUAGUCUUUAUAAUUGAUAAAUGAGAAAUAAGAAUGGUUUGUAAGAUACAAGCGAAAAACAAAUUUCACUGUAUGUCCUGAAACACAUUGUCGAAAUUCAAAUUGUAUACAUUACUAGUUGCUAGUAGAGCCCCCCCCC